UUUUUAGGGAUCUCUGUUUGCUCUCAUGAACCGCUCUAUCUAGCACAGUUCUCUUCACUGGAAAGUUUAUCGCUUGCUGGACGUCCGGUGUGUCAGGCGGCUUUAAAAAUUAUUCGUGAACUUCCGAACUUGAAACUACUCGAUAUUUCUAAUACACUCGUUGCCGAUAUUUCUGCUCUGAAUGAGCUAAUAAACCUCGAAGCUCUCAUAAUGCACAAUCUCCGCAUUCGUUCUGGAUGUGUAACGGAGACGCUUCGUAGCUUGACUGGUCUCAGAGUACUCGAUAUUUCCAAGGAAGUCACUGAUUACGGAACGGACAGCUCACAAGAGGCUUGUGUGGAUCUACCGCUCGCUAUGGUGCAAAUAAUGCGCGACGACAAAUUUGCGUGUUGGCCAUAUUUGAGGUCAAUAGAUCUCGCCGGAAAUUCACUUGCAAAUAUGGGAGUCGAUAGAGCUGCCGAUAUUGUCACGCUUUUGUUGGAGAGAAAUCCACGUCUUGAGCGUGUCUCAGUACUUGCAACUCCUCUUGAUGGUCAUUCGUAUGUUAUUCCGGUAGAUCGGGAUGUACAAAUAAUUAACUGUGCUACUCGAACACAAGCCGUGAUGGCUUUGAAUGGCUACUGGAACACUGACAGGGAUGCGUUUACUGCUCACGCUCUACAUUGCGUCUAUUACAUGCUUCAAAGUGGAUACGAUGAUUUCUCGGAUAGUGAAGUGGCAGAAUGUGCAGCAGUGGUUUGCGCUGCACUGCGUAAACAUCUGCACAAUCUUGGGGUUCAGAUGGCCGGCAGCGCUUGUCUAUACCAUCUCUCGAAUUUCUCGAUUAUCCAUUUCGGCUGUUCGCAAAUGUGUCGAUCGUUGUCUCGAUGCGGCCGAAACAUACCCAGAAACAACCCAGGUACGUUUACACACAAUGUAUGGCUGACAAUAUGUAACGAUUAUCUUCUUCAACUCUCGGGUAUUAACUUCUAUCGAACCUGCAAGGUUGCACUAGAAAGCAUGCUGAUCAACACGGACGCUGGAGUAUCAAGAAUGACGAUCGCUAUAGUAUCAAUUGUUGCACCAAAAAUGCGCUCCCAGGAUGCUCGUACCUUGGCUAGUGAUGUGCGCUAUGUGAAACACCUUGUACACUUGAUGGAUCAGAAUCUAAACCAUUUCCGCAAUUCGAACGGUGUUCGUGCUGAGAACUCGCUUUACACAUUGAAGUUCACGUUAAGCGCUCUCUGGAAUCUUACCGAUGAUUGCCCGGCCACUUGCGUAGUUUUCGCUCACGAAAAUGGAAUUGGUGUUUCGUUCGAUAUCCUGCGACUGUUUGAGAACCACAACAAUAUUCAGACGAAAGUAUUGGGUAUUUUGAAUAAUGUUGCUGAAGUAUACGAGCAAAAACUCUCAAUGCUACAAAAUGCUGAAUAUUUGGAGGCUCUUUGCGAAUGUCUCGAAGGUGAUUUCACACGUGCUGAUGGUGCAGGACGAAACCGCGCUGUUGAACGCAGCUACUUCGCUGCAGGUGUUCUUGCCAAUAUGUUGCUCUGUGAGAACUGGCCUCAUGGUGAUCACUUAUCCCGCGAAAAAGUGAACGAGCGAAUGGUGAAAUCGAUACGUCAAUGGCCAAUGCUUUCUGUGCCUAUGGUCUCAUAUAGGUCGUUCGAGCCGUUCGUACGUAUUCUCAACGAAACGACACUCGUUGGUGCUCAGAUGUGGUGUUUAUGGGGUGUAAACCACGUGCUUUCACAUAGCGACGCCAAUUCGGUUUCUAUGGGGUCAUAUAUCAUAGUGCCUGUGGGCUUUCGCCUGACACACCUUAAACCUUGCAGUUUAUUUGUUCGAGUACCUAAGUUCUUCGUUCAAUAUGAGGGCUUUUAUACAAGAUACAGUAUCGAAGUCUACCGUUUUUAUCCGAAAGUAGGUCCCGAUAACGGUGUUUCCCGAGAUAUCUUGAGGGAUGAAUCUGGGGUUUGCGAGAAUACCAUAUGUGACAUUGUCAAAUCGAACAAGGCCUGGCCUAAACAAGGGUAA